GUACUAGUGAAUAAAAUGAAGAGUAUCCAGUGUGUUUGAACUUUGAGAAUAUUUUUCAUGGCAUUCCGCUCCCUCCUCCGUCACAUUCCUCACUCCAACACCAAACUCACACUCCUCCGCUCCUCUUCCUUCUUCUCAUCCUGCUGCCGCCGCCAAACCUCCCCGCCGCCGCCUCAAUCUCCGCCGUCACCAAAGAAGGUCCCAUUCACGGUGUCCAUUCACGGCAAGAAAUGGCAGGACCCUUAUCACUGGAUGUCCAACGUCGACGACCCGCAUCUCCUCGACCAUCUCAACCGCGAAAACACCUACGCCGACGCCUUCAUGGCCGACACCCUCAACCUCCAAUCCACCCUCUCCUCCGAGAUGAAAGCCCGAUUACCCGCCACCGUUUCCACUCCCCCUGAGCGUUGGGGACCCUGGCUAUAUUACCAGUACAUUCCAGAGGGAAAGGAGUAUCCUGUGCUGUGUAGGAAGCUGGAAACGGAGAGAAGUGGUUUUCUGAAGACCCUUUUGCUUCGCGGUGGAAUGGCAGGAUCCAAAAAGGAGGAGAUUUUGCUUGACUGGAAUGAACUAGCUGAGAAAUAUGGGUAUGUACACGUUGGAACAUGUAGAAUUUCACCUGAUCACAACUACCUCGCAUACACAGUUGAUGUUUCUGGUGGCGAGCGGUUCACGCUUCAUGUGAAAGACCUUAGAAGUGGAUUAAUAGACCCAAAAGUAGAAGUUGAUGGUGUUGUUAGCCUGGCAUGGGCCCAAGAUGCAAGUUCUCUGUUUUAUACUCUGUCAGAUGAAAACCAGCGACCUUGCAGGGUCCUCUGUAAAAAACUUGGACAUGAUCAUGUGAAUGAUCUCCUAAUAUUUACUGAAAGUGAUUCCAGUUUUUGUGUGGACAUAACAAGCACAAAAGAUGGCAAGUUCAUAACUGUGAAUUCAAACUCAAGGACUUCAUCCGAGGAAGGAACUUAUAUGUCUUCUUUUAUGAAUUUACUAUGAGUUUAUUCUUUUCUAGUAACAUCUGGAUCUUGAUGCUUAUCACAGGUUUAUGUUAUAGAUUCGGCCAAUCCAAUGGAUGGUUUACAAAGAUUAUGUAAACGUACUUCUGGUGUCCAGUACUUUGUGGAACAUCAUUCUGGUUUAUUUUAUAUCCUUACUAAUGCUCCUCUUCCUGACGGUCAAUGGUCUGGUGAUGGUUAUUACCUUGUUAGAUGUCGUGUUGAAGAUAUAGAUUCAGCUAAAUUGCAGAAUAUAAUCCUUCCUGAUGAAGAUAUGAGCCUGUGUGAUAUGGACAUCUUUAAUGGACAUCUGGUUCUUUUCCUCAAUAAGAAAGAUCUUCCUCUGUUUUGUUCCUUGGAAUUUCCUAUCCAAAUUGAUUUCAAGCAUGAAGUAUACAUUCAAGACCUGAAACCGUGGUACUUUCCUCUGCCAUCAAAUACAUGCAGUGCCACUCCUGGUUCAAAUCAUGACUUCCUGAGUGCCGUUUACCGCGUGGUUCUUUCAUCUCCUGUGAUGCCGGAUGUAAUUGUUGAUUAUGACAUGUCAAGACAGACAUAUUCAAUUGUGCAUCAAGAGGAAGUGAAUUGUAGUUCUGUUGGUCAGACACGCAUCCCAACGUUUGAGCUAAAUAAGAAUAAAUUUGAAGAGGCGUGUACUGAUAAGGAUGAGUGUGUCACAAAUUCUGAUUCACAGAGAUCGAGGGACUUUUCUGAAGUAUACUGUUGUCAGAGGGAGGAAGUUAUUUCCCAUGAUGGUGUUAAAGUUCCAUUAACCAUUGUAUACUCUAGAGAAUCCUGGCAAAAGGGUCAAUCCCCAGGACUUUUAGUAGGCUAUGGAGCAUAUGGAGAAGAUCUUGAUAAGAGCUGGUGUUCAGAUCGGCUGAGUUUAUUGGAUCGUGGUUGGGUAGUCGCAUUUGCUGAUGUAAGAGGUGGCGGUGGUGGAGGUCUUUCAUGGCAUAAAUCUGGGAGUGGAAUAAACAAACACAAUUCAAUAUUUGACUUUGUAUCGUGUGGAAACUACCUGGUUAGUGAGGGUUAUGUUCACAAAGACCAGCUUGCCGCUAUUGGAUGGAGUGCAGGCUGUCUUCUCGUUGGUGCAGCUGUGAAUAUGUAUCCACAACUCUUCCGUGCUGCCAUAUUAAAGGUACCAUUUCUUGAUGUAUGCAACACUUUGAUGGAUCCCAGUCUACCCCUGACAAUUCUGGAUUAUGAAGAAUUUGGAAAUCCUGAAAUACAGUCAAGCUUUGAUUCUAUUUUUAGUUAUUCUCCUUAUGACAACAUUCCUCAAGGCAGUUGCUUUCCUUCAGUUAUGGUUACAUCAGCCAUUAAUGAUUCAAGGGUUGGAGUUUGGGAAGGUGCUAAAUGGGUAGCUAAAGUACGAGACAGUACCUGCUCUCAUUGUUCUCGUGCCGUCAUCAUGAAAACAAGUAUGAUAGGAGGACAUUUUAGUGAAGCUGGUCAUUAUGCUCAAUGUGAUGAAAAAGCCUAUGACUAUGCUUUCCUCAUGAAAGCUUUUGGGGUUUUUAAUCAAUAACUAGUGGUUGGAUGGUCAGUAUCAAGGGAAGGCUUUCAUAUGUCAAGGAAUAUGAUGAAUUAUUUAUAUCCUCAAAGUUCACAGCCAAUGCCCAGGCUUCAGACUUCAGUGAUCAGAUAAGUUUGAACAUCUAUACUUAUUUCGUAGAUUUUUAUCUGUGGGUACCAUUGAAGCCACAUCGCAACCAUCAAACCGAGUACCAACAGUUCUUUCUUCACCUUUAGAUUGUGGAGUUUCAGAUCACCAGCCCACUUCUUCGCACUCGCCAGCAGGUCCCAUCUUGAGCCAUCCAUCCAUCCAACUUCGCCCGAGCCCGCCUUGAGGUCAAGGCUAGUCUUGAUGGGGUUGGAAAUGGUAGCAACAUAGUUUCUAAGAGCUUCAAGAAGGGCAAGCCAAGUAGGAGAUCUAAGCGCAAAGGGAAAAGCAGAUGACAAAUCAUGUUUUAGUCUUUUCAUGCAUUUUUAUUGGUUACAUAAGUUCUAAAAUAUUACAUUGUCCAAAAAAAAAGUUCUAAAAUAUUCCAAAUUCAUGGAUUAGUGUCAUGUGUACGGCCAUCCUUUUUUCUUUCUAGCUUAGUUUGUGCUUAGUGCAUUUCUCUAGCUUGCUUUUUUUUUUGUCAAAGCUUGUUUUGUAUCUUCAACUUACCAAAUAUAUGUUUUGUAUUAUGCGAAGUUACCUUUACAAUUCAUUGGAUACACAUAAAAUCCAUUUCGCUUUUU